UCAACCUUGCCCUGUGUGAGUAUAAUAUGGUUUGAUACAUACCGAUAACGAGCUGAUAAUGUUUGGCUUAUAAGGAAAAGCCGACACUUCAUUUUCUAUUCAAGAGAGUACUAGAAUGUUCCUCAAAAUGUGGAAGAUAGCGCUUUUGAUUGCUGUUAUUGGCAGCGCAGCGGAAGGAUGUUUAUACAAAAAUUUAGAAUGUCCUGAUUAUGUUGUCGUGGAGCAGCACCCUGAUUACGAAGUGCGAUCAUAUCCAGCACUGACUUGGGCCACUGUUGAAGAAGAAAGCAUGUUUUCCAGAAUUGCUCAAAUGAAAGCUUUCAGACGCCUUUUUAAAUAUAUUAGUGGCAAAAAUGAUAAAGGCAUAACAAUUAACAUGACCGUACCGGUGAGGAUGCAAGUUACGGAUCAUGAAAGCUAUACCGCAGUCGAGAUGAGCUUCAUGGUUCCAUCUAUCCAUGCUAACAAUCCUCCAGCUCCCAACGACACAGGGAUUACUGUCGAGAAAGAAGAACCUACUCUUUAUGCUGUGAGGUCUUUCCCUGGAUAUGUAUGGAGAAGAGGAACUUGGAAGGAAGAAGCCCAAAAAUUAGCUGAUAGUCUCAAAAAUGAUGAUACAGUGAUCAAAACUAAAUAUUACCAAGUUGGAUAUGACGCCCCAUUUGACUUUUUUGACAGACGUAACGAAAUUUGGAUGGUAAAAAGAGCAGGAGAACGCGAAAAAGAAAUAUAGAAGCCUUAAUAAUAGCUAAAUAUUUUUUUUCAUUGCUUGAAACUCAUUUAUUUACAUUACUUAAAUAAAACAGCUUUUAUGAAAA